GGCAACGUUUCCGAUCAGUUGGAAAUCGCGGCUGCGGCGGAACACACAUUCUUGUGACACCGGAUGCACCAGGUAUAAGCAUACGCACCGGCAUAGGAGUCACUUCUCGGCAAGCACCAGCCACAGCCAGCCACCAGAGGGACGCACCAAGCUUAAGCAGCAGCACACAGCGCCACGGCCUCCUCGGCUAGCCGGCCGGUAGCUCCUAAAAGUUUCCAGAUGGCGAUGCUGCAGCGGUCUACGGUGCUUGUGGCGGUGGCGGCCGUGGCGCUGGCGUUCGCGAUGGCGGCGGCGGCCCAGGGCCCGGCGGCGGCUCCGGGGCCGGCGGCCGGGAUCAGCGACGAGUGCCUGAACGCGGUGCUCAACAUGUCGGACUGCCUGUCGUACGUGACCAACGGGAGCACGGUGCGGCACCCGGACAAGGCCUGCUGCCCGGAGCUGGCGGGGCUGCUCGAGUCCCACCCCAUCUGCCUCUGCCAGCUGCUCGCCGGCGGCGCCGACUCCUACGGCGUCAGCGUCGACUACAAGCGCGCGCUCGCGCUCCCCGGCAUCUGCCGCCUCACCGCGCCGCCCGUCAGCGCGUGCGCAGCAUUCGGAGUCCCUAUACCUGCAGGACUGGUGCCUACUGCAGCGCCCUCGCCCAUGUCAUCAACAGGCCUCUCUCCUUCCAUCGGCCCAGAAGUGCCUGCGAACACGCCGGCCGGCUCGGCAGCGAAGUCGACGAACCACGCCCCGGGCCGCGCCGCCGCAGCCGGCCUCGCCGCCCUCGCCGCGCUACCCCUCGCCGUCGCGGCCGCCGCCGGGAUGCUCUAGACCGCCGCCUCUGAUUUCUUUCUCCAUUCUUACCACACAUAUGGUUGUUCAUUACUAUGAAUUACUAGACACCUACGUACAGACAGUUGUUUCCACGCGCGAGAUUCUUCCGGGUUUGUUUGUUUGUUUUUUCCAUGUAUUAAUUCCUUUCUUUCGGUGUACUGUAAUUUGCUACUAGAGAUCGUGACGCUGUGUCGGGAUCAUUUUCUACGGUUUGAUGAGAAGACUGAUCGUGACUGAGUAGGCA